CCUAACAACGCCAUGCACCUUGCCAAUAUUUCCGCCAGCGCAGUAGUACACCGCAUGGGCAUCGCAUGGCAGCCUCCCUUCCUUUCAAGUUUCUUCCAUUCAAAUUCAAGAUUAUUGUUCAAGCCCCAAGUUGGGACGAAUACUGUAUGUACCUAGUGCUUAAUCUAGUAACUACCCCCUCGCCCCCUCUAGCACUGCAAACGGUAAAGCUCUAGACUCUAGACCCGCGCUGGUGCCAAACCUGACAACACCCCACAUGGGGUCCGAACACUCCCCUGGUGCCCUGCCUGCAGGUGCAGUGCGCACCCUGGACUCUGGAGCUCCCUGGGCCAGCCCAGCCUACUCGUAGAUGGACAUGGAUGCAUUUGUUCUUGACCUUAACCUCUGAGACCUGGAGACCUCACGACGGGGAGGAAGAGAGAUGGGGAAUGGGGAAUGGGGAAUGUGACUAUUGGGGGUUGUUUUGGAUGGUUCGGGAGGUUUGGGAGGUGAGGGGGAGAGUGGUGAUUGGUUUGUUGGCGGAAAUGAGUGAAUGGGGUGGCUUUGGGGGAGAGACAAGUGGAGGCGAGGAGGGCUGAAGGAGAACGAACUAGGGUAAGGUAAGGUAGGUGAUACAGUACUAUGCCAUUGUGAACGAAGGAACAAACGAACGAACGAACGAACCACCGCUCAGGCCUGCCAUGUGGCCAUCGCAUCGCAUCGCAUCUCAACCCAUCACAUCGCAUCCCGCGAUAGAAGGAUGGACAUGGAUAGACUGGUUGAGCUAAUCAUAUAACUUAGAGCCUACCUGUUCUCCACCCACCGACAGAUCCCUUGAUUCAUUUUUCACGCAUUCACUGCUCUGCUCAGUCGGUCCGUUACAGUAGCGUCGCCGCUCGCUCCCUUACGACAUAACUUUCGUUGCGCGCGUGCGCGCUCUGCUCCCUUCCCUUUGAUAUGCCAGCUCAUCCCAGGUCUUCCCUCGCUCGAGAAUAAAUAAACUUUGCUUUUGUGUCUUACUCGGUACUCGGUAUUGGCAUUGGUUGAUUCGGCCUGCCUCGAUACUACCCUACCUACCUACCUACCACAUCGCUGGACUUGCUUGGAAAGUAACUUAUACCAAGAAAGCAAGUAUGCAGCAGCCGCCGCUCAGUGUGAUCCAGUCUUGGCCGGAGCCGAACUAUAUCGAUCCUGAGACCAGAGGAUAUUCCAAUGUCGUAUUGAACAUCAUUCUUUACAUCAUCUUACUCAGCUUUGUGGGGUUGCGGAUAUGGACGAGGAAAUGUCUCAAGAAUGCUUUUGGUGUUGAUGAUACCUUCAUCCUACUUGCUUUGGUGCCAACAACAGGUUUCUUCGUCAUCAGCAUCCUGAAAGAUACCAAGUAUCUCUGGAUCAGACACACAUACGACAUCCCAAUCAGCCAUGUAACGGGUGGUCUCAAAAUGGUUCUCGCAGCCGAAGUCACGUUUGCAGCAGCCAUCACGCUCACUAAACUUUCCAUGCUGAUGCUCGUACGGAGACUUCUGAUCAAUGCGUCGCUGUUAUGGCGGAGAGUGACCCUGGCUGCUAUCGUCAUAGUGACAAUUCAAGGAAGUGUGUUUUGCUUGACGGUGAUUUUCCAAUGUCGCCCAAUCCACGACUACUGGAAAGUAACCAAAGGCCCCCAACCCAACUGCAUCUCCCAACCAGCCACUCUCCUCGCCGCCGGAAUAAUCAACACCUUCACCGACCUCGCCACCGUCCUCCUCCCCAUCCGCACAGUCUGGACGCUCCAACUCCCUCGGCACCAGGUAAUCAUCGUAGCCAUCCUCUUCGGACUGGGAUUCAUCUCCUGCAUCGCAGGCAUCAUCCGCACGUAUUACAUGUACGAGGUUACCACCGGGUGGGACCAGACUUGGAGGAGUUAUCCCGUCUGGGUGACUAGUGCGUUGGAGUUGUAUAUUGGGAUUAUAUGUGCCUCCAUCCCCGCAACCAAACCCUUCUUCUCCACCUACCUCCCCGCCCUCUUCGGCUCCCUGACAUCCGUCUCAUCCGGUAGUACAUCAUCAUCAUCAUCGCACACAACCUCAAACUCGAACUCAAACUCGCAUCGCAGGAAGCAGUACGGCCAGAGAAGUGGGAUUGUCACGCCGCGUAGUGAGGAGGCUUUGUGGGAUCUGGAGAAGAGUCUUGCGGAGGGGGGAAGUGCGGUUGCUGUUGCUGUUGUUGGUGGUGGUGGUGGUGAUGGGAAGGGGGAGAAGAUGGUUAGGAGGGAAGUGAGCGUUACGGGGAAGAGAGGGGGUGGGAGGGGAAGGGGGUUGGCUAGUGCGAGGGAGAAAGGAGAGGGCGAGAGGGAGAGUGAGAGUGAGGAGAGUGUGGAGGGGAUUUUGGUGGUGCAGACUUUUGAGAUGAGUGGGAGGUGA